UCUUGUUGCACAGCUUGCGUUACAGUAUAGUCAGAGUUGGUGAGUGUUUAUAUUUAUUGUUUAGUUAGUAUAGUAAGUUAUAAGGUGUUUAAAAUCAUAGUCCUGUGUAACUGCAUGAUGUGAGUCCCGCAUCAUGCUUGUUGUUUGAACUGCAUGAAAAUCACUGAUUUAUCAGGACUUUUAGCUAGCUAGCUAGCUAGCUAGCAGGCGGAAUAGAGUCGACGAGCUGGAGUAAUUCGUUGGUGGUGGAAAGUUGAUUUGGCUGGGAGCGUCUGUUGAAUUUCUGGCCGCCAAACACAAUGGAUGAAGAACCAGAGAGAGCCAAGCGCUGGGAAGGGGGCUAUGAGAGGACAUGGGAGGUGCUGAAGGAGGACGAGUCAGGCUCACUCAAAGCCACAGUGGAAGAGAUUCUGUACCAGUCCAAACGGAAAAGGGUGAUAGAGAGCCAUGGGCAAGUGAGGCUUGGAAUGAUGCGUCACGUGUAUGUGGUGAUUGACUGUUCGCGUAGUAUGGAAGACCAGGACUUAAAACCAAACCGCCUCACCUCUACUCUCAAGCUCAUGGAAGUAUUUGUUGAUGAAUAUUUUGACCAAAAUCCCAUCAGCCAGGUUGGUAUUAUCACCACAAAGAACAAAAGGGCUGAGAAGCUGACUGAUCUGGCAGGAAAUCCAAAGAAGCACAUCACUGCUCUGAAAAAAGCUGUGGACACUGUUUGCGUAGGAGAGCCGUCCCUCUACAAUUCCCUCAACCUGGCCAUACAAACCCUCAAGCACAUGCCUGGACACACGAGCCGGGAGAUCCUGAUCAUCCUCAGUAGUCUCACUACAUGUGACCCAGCCAACAUCUAUGAGCUGAUCAAGACCCUGAAGUCUCUGAAGGUGCGGGUGUCUGUCAUCGGUCUGUCAGCAGAGGUCCGGGUAUGUACAGUGCUGACGAGAGAGACAGGUGGCUCGUACCACGUGAUCCUGGAUGAGAGCCACUUCAAAGAGCUGCUGAUGCUUCACAUCAAACCACCUCCUGCCAGCUCCUCCUCUGAAUGCUCUUUAAUCCGCAUGGGUUUUCCUCAGCAUACCAUUGCCUCUGUGACUGACCAGGAUGCCAAGCCGUCGUUCAGCAUGUCUCAUCUGGACAGCAGCAGUGGUCCAGGUCUGUCUCUGGGAGGAUAUUUGUGUCCACAGUGCCACGCCACUUACACUGAGCUUCCCGUGGAGUGUAAAGUGUGUGGUUUGACUCUGGUGUCGGCCCCCCAUCUCGCCAGAUCCUUUCACCACCUCUUCCCCCUCCAAGCUUUUGUAGAGAGUCCAGUGGAGAACCUCCAAGGAGACAGGUUCUGUCAGGCAUGUCAAGCAGAGCUGAAGGAUAAAAGUAUGUUCAGCUGUCCAUCGUGUCACAGUGUGUUCUGUGUGGAGUGUGAUCUCUUCAUCCACGAGUCUCUGCACUGCUGUCCCUGCUGUAUUUACUGUCAGACUGUUCCUUGAAUCUCUACACAAGCUUUAUUCACAUCUGAUAGGAUGAAAAUGAGGUCACGUGAUUUUUUUUUUUUUUCCAACAAGGAUGAUUCUUAUGGAGCUUCUCACUGAACACUUGAGAUCUGAUGACUGGGAGUAUGAGAUGCUUUUAGUCCAUAAUUUGAGGUGGAGAGACUCCUGUAAAUACAGCUGCUGAGCUGCUGCAUUGGUUUCUGUCAUCAGAUUACCACAUACAUAAAGAUUUGUCAUCAAAUAUGUCAGAUAUCUUUGGUAAGCAUUGUAAAAAUAUGUUUUUGUACUCUAGCUCUGGCUGUAGCAUGAUAGCUGAACACUUGUACUUCAAGCUAAAUUUCAGCAGGUUUCGUUGAGUUUGGAUUUUGGGGGUUCCACCCACUCGUCAGUUGUAAGCGUUUUACAUUUUACCCUCAUACUUAGGACUGACUUUGACUUUGAUGUACUUUAAGACGGCAGCUUUUUGACUAAAUAAAAAAAUGCAAAUGUUUUCA